UAAUGACGUCAUUGCAUUGGACUGCACAACGUUUAGGGUAGACCGGAAAAUCCGAACAAGGAGCUGCGAAUAAGGAGCCAACUUCAGCUUCGUUGUUUUAAGGCGGAUAGCGUAAUGGAGAAUUACAGAUUAUUCUUGCUUUUCCUUAUAGCAGCCCUGGCCGUGGGCUUCACCUCCGUGGUUUUUGUCCUCAGAUGGGUGUUUUACUUCAAAGAGGGGCUGGCGUGGGAUGGAGGACUGGCUGAGUUUAACUGGCAUCCCGUGUUGAUUUUAACUGGGUUUAUUUAUAUUCAGGGAAUCGCUAUCGUGGUGUACAGAUUGCCAUGGACAUGGAAGUGCAGCAAGCUGAUGAUGAAGUUCAUCCAUGCUGGCCUGCACAGCCUAGCCUUCAUCCUUGUGGUCAUCGCGCUGGUGGCAGUGUUUGACUUCCACAAUGAGAAGCGCAUCCCCAACAUGUACAGUCUGCACAGCUGGGUGGGACUGGCUGCCGUCGUUCUCUACGCCCUGCAGCUGGUUCUGGGACUGUGUGUGUACCUCAUCCCCAUCACCCCGCUGUACCUGAGGGCGGCCUUCAUGCCUCUGCACAUCUAUAGUGGCCUGUUCAUCUUCAGCAGUGCCAUCGCCACCUCCCUCAUGGGAAUCACAGAAAAGCUCAUUUUUGGACUGAAAGACCCUAAAUACUCCGAUUCUCCAAUGGAGGCCACAUUCGUGAAUGUGCUGGGAGUGCUGCUUACACUGUUUGGGGCGCUCAUCCUCUGGCUUACCACUCACCCAUCCUGGAAGCGCCCCAACGAGCAUCAGCAGCAGUCCCGCCUUAGUGAACAAGAGGCGUCCGCUGAUCCCGCAGUAGGCUCGACCCUGUCUACCCUUGGCAGCACUGACAAAGAAGCUUGCUGUGAUACCUAGAAAAUGCACUGUGAACCGGAUGAGCCUGGCCAGUGAUCAGCCAUGUAAUCCGACAAACCUGAAGGAAGGAAAAAGCCCAUCUGCAGCCAGUUAUGUUUAGCUGAUCGACGUGAUGGUUCAAGCCAAAUGCUGUCGAUGGAGUCACCGUUGUCCUCCCUAACAGUAUUUUGUACUGCUAUUCUGUAUUCUCUCCCUAGUCUCAGAUUGGACUGUUGACAAAAUAUUAACAUUUUUUUUUUUUUUUACAUAUACCCUUUUCCAUGUGGCACGAUGGUGCCUUGGUUAGCAGGGUUGCCUCACACCUCUGGGACCAGAGUUUGAAUGCCCACCCCGGCUCUUUGCUGUGUAGAGUUUACAUUUCCUCCCCGUCUUAUGGUGGGGUUUCUUGCAGGUUGUUCCCCUGCAGUCCAAAAGCAUGCUGUGGUGAAUUGGAGUUGCCAUGUGUGUGAAUGGUGUGUUGCCGCCCCAUCCUGGGUUAUUACCUCCCUUUAGUCCAUUCCCUUUGGGUGAGGCUCUGGACCCCCCCACUACCCUGCUUACGAUACUUGGGUCUGGUAAAUGGGUGGAUAGAUUCCAUUUCCAUUUUUUUGCUGUCUGCUUAAUACAUUGCAAGACAAUUUUGCUGUUUUUUUUCUCUCCAUUAUUGAGUAGUAAUCAACUUGGAUUGGCCUGUGACGUGACUUCCAUAUUAAUUCUUAAAUAUUACUUAUUUCCAUACCAGUACCUAAACACAGAUUGGGUUGAAAAAUAUGUUGAUGACUGAAAAUGGAAUUUGAUAUAUUCUCACCAUUGUUGCUCUUUAAUGAAAUUUGUGCUGCUUAUUUUAUGGUAUGUUGUAACAAUUGCUCCUGCUUCAAAUUCUUUUGAAACAUUUCAUCUAUUAAUCUCUACGAUUCAUCUUGUACUUUAUUGGCUAUCUUCAUUAUAACUGAAUAGUUAUAUGUAGUCACAUGGUCAUGAUAAUAAAAGGGUCAUUGUUUGUUUUUUACUUUUCAAAA